AUGUUUGGCAUAGUCAUCUUCCUUGCAUUUUGCCUUCAUCUUGUGGAGAGCCAGUUCCCCAGAGUCUGCACAACUGAAGCUUCUUUUCGCACCAGGACUUGCUGUCCACUUUGGAAAGACAAAAGCCCAUGUGGUUCCCUGUCAGGCCGUGGGAAGUGUAUAAGCUGGGCCACUUCUACUGGAAAGAUCCCUAUGUACAAUGACGAUCGACUGGACUGGCCCAGACACUAUUAUGAAAAUACCUGCGAGUGUUUUGAAAACUAUAGCGGUUUUGAUUGCGGUGACUGCAAAUUCGGCUACCAUGGUGAGAAAUGUGACCGAAAGAAAGUUAUUAUAAGGAGAGAGAUCCGAGAACUGUCAGUCCUGGAACAGAGAAGAUUUUUCAGUUACUUGGCCUUAGCCAAGACCACAAAAAGUCAAGAUUUUGUUGUCCUGAGCACAGGAGACCGCCACCAUCGGGAGACUUACCGCUAUGUAGAUGCUUCCCUCUAUGAUGUAUUUGUUUGGAUGCAUUAUUACUCUAUGAAACCCAUCAUGAUAAACAGCACAUUUAUCCCUGAAAAAAACUUUGCUCACCAGGGCCCUGUAUUUCCUGGGUGGCAUCGUCUAAAUCUUCUCUUUCUAGAAAGACAAAUUCAGCUCAUGACUGCAGAUGAAGACUUUGCCAUUCCAUACUACGACUGGAGGUCAGAGAAAAACUGCUCCAUCUGUACGGAUGACCUGAUGGGAACCAAUGAUGAUCAGGGGACCCUCAAUCCCUACUCCCACUUUUCCUUCUGGAGGUCAAUUUGUAGCGGGUUCAAUUUCCCAGAUGAAUAUUGUCCAUUGGCAGAUUCUGAGUACAAGAUGGAAAGACUGCAGAGGAAACCUGGGACCACGCCAUACACCCCCUUCAUGCCCACAUUUCAGGAUGUGGAGAACACACUGAAGUUGAAGAACUUUGACACCCCACCUUAUAAUGAAACAUCUCUACACAGCUUCAGAAAUGCCCUGGAAGGCUUCUUAUCUCCAGACGGGAGGACGUUACAGAGGAGCAUGCACAAUCUGGUGCACAUCUAUUUGGGGGGCACCAUGUCUCAGAUCCCCAUCUCCAGCAAUGACCCCAUCUUUCUAUUACAUCACAGUUUUGUUGACAAGAUUUUUGAGUCAUGGCUCGUGCGGUACAAUGGAUCGCCUAUGACAUAUCCUGAAAAUAAUGAGAUCGGACAAGGUCCACAUGAUUGUGCCACUCCCUUCUUCCCAUGUUACAAGAACAAGGAUCUGAUCCUGAGGGCUGAUGAAUUUGGUUACAAGUUCUCCUCUGGGCCAGUGUGAUCACAUGGAUCUGCUCCACUGGAUUAAGGGUCUGAUGUGUCUAUUUUUGGUUCAUACCAAGAUUCCUAUAUCAGUAAAUCAAUGAGAUGGCACCUAUAAUACUCUAUAGGUGACAGAUGAAAAGGUCUAAACAUCAGAUCUUCAGAACAGUUUGUGUAGAGAUUAGUGUGUGUUGUCUAGAAUCGCAACAAUUUCGGAAAACUACCGACAUUUGUAAAAAAAAAAAGAGAAAUAUAAAAAUAAAUCUUUUUAUGGAUACCACAGAAAUUCCCCUUUUCCUCAUUCACAUGUGUUGAAUAAACCUCGCUGUGCCCUCCGAUGGCGAAUAUAUUCUAUUAUGUCAUCAACUGGGUUGGAGCAAACAUUAAAAACAUCAACAAUGACUAAUGAAGGAACCAUUAA